AUGCAAGCCGACCUCCGGCCAGCAAGUACAGUCGCAAAGGAGGUACUAUAUGUGGGGAAGAGUGGGGGAAUUCGAACGGAGAAGGGAAGGUGGGUACUUAUAUCUCUGAGCCCGCGCCCCGCGCAGCUCAUCUACUACCAAUCCCUCUCCCCAGAGCUGACCGCAUGGCUCAUGGAGCAGAGCGUCUUCUUCAUCGCCAGCGCGCCCUUACUUGGCAAACACAUCAACCUCUCCCCAAAGGGCCUCCCCGCCUCCUCCUUCGCCGUGCUCGGCCCCAACAGGGUCGCCUACAUCGACGCCCCCGGCUCCGGCAACGAGACCAUCUCGCACGUGUACGAGAACGGCCGCGCCACAGUCAUGUUUGCGUCGUUUGCGCGCAGCCCAAGGAUUCUGAGACUGUUCUGUAGGGGGAGGGUGGUGGAGAAGGAGGAGGAGGAGUUUGGGAAGCUGUUGGAGGAGAUGGGGAUGCAGGUGGGGGAGGGGAAAGGUUUGGAGGCAGCGAGGGCGGUGGUGGUGAUGGACGUGUGGAAGGUCCAAACCAGCUGCGGCUUCGGAGUGCCCAUCGCCAGCACCACCGCCUCGCCCGACGGCGAAGUCAAGGCCGUCUUCACCGAGCGCGACACACUGGCAAACUGGGGGCGGAAGAUGGUGUCGCAGGGCAAGAUGGACGACUAUGAGGUAGAGUGGAACUCUGACUCGCUGGACGGGCUGCCGGGAUUGCGGUCAGCGAGGCGGCACGGCGGGGAGCGCUGGCUGUGGGUCGGGGAUGCGAAGGCACGGGUGAAGAGGGUAUUUGGGGAGUGGGAUGCGCUGCUGGUGGGCGUGGCGGUGGGCGCGGUGGUGGGCGCGGUGGGGAUGAGGGCGGUGGCGGUGGCGGCGGCGGGGAGGUAG